CUUCUUUUCUCCCAAAUGGCAAUUUCGGCGUCUUCGUUUUCUACCGCUCCUCUUUUUCGUCAACGCUUGCUUGCUUCUGAACUCUUUCCAUUUGUACUGUAUUUUGGAUUCUGAUUUUGUUUGCUGAGAAAAUGCCCCUGAAAUUCAGAAUAACGUUUUACUUUUACUAUUACACACAUUGCUUCUACCCAGCGUUGAGAUCCCAAUUUCAUUCUCUAGAUCUCUUGUUGCCUUUUCUCAUCACUCUCCGCAGUAACAUUUGACUUUUCUCCCGCAAUGUGUAUCACAUCGGUGCUGUGUGUGAGUUUUCCCCCCGAAAUCGUAUGGUUCCCCUGCAAGUUUUCUUUUUCUGUAUUUUUAUGACUUUAUUCCAUGCUUGAUUAGUGGCCAAAAUAGUGGUGGAAGCUUCCUUUUUUCCAAUAAUAUAUUUGAUUUGAUUUUUCAAUCCUGGGGUAUUCUUUAAUCUACCAAAAAUUAAAUGCCAGCUUGUUCUUGUGCAUGACCUCAUGCAAUUUCCGUUUUUUAAUUUGGAAAAAUGGAUCCAGGGUCUCUUGCUUCCUGGAUUACAGAUUGGCACAAGUUUGAAAAAAGUGGGGCUUGACUCUUAUGAAUGUUGACCUGCUUGUUACUCUUUCCUCCUAGUGUAGGGUUUUUUCGAGAAAACAAAAUGGCGCUACAAUUCAUUGCUCCAGACUCCAUACUACGGACGAUUUCUCUUGCCUUCUUCUGCCCUAAAAACUGUUCCACUUCGGGAAUUUUAUCUUAGAAUUUUAGUGUUAGCAUUCCCUCAUUCAUUCAUUUAAAAUCACUGUACUUUUGGUUGGAAGAUGCAUGAAGUUUAUGGGAGGACAGGAGAUAAAAAAACUGUAUAAUUGAAUGUGUGUGCAUAAAAAGUUGUAGACAUGCCCACUUAUAUAGGAUCACUUUGACAGUUUGACUUGUCCAGCACCAAUUUCUGGUAUUACUGUUGUCUGAGUUCUCAAGAGUUCUUUCACAGAAGGUAGAUGGGUUCUAGAAUCCCAUCUCAUAAGCUUAGCAAUGGCCUCUAUGUAUCAGGGCGGCCGGAGCAGCCCAAAGAAAGAACUCCAACAAUGACAUCAACAGCCGUGCCAUAUACCGGUGGAGACAUAAAAAAGUCUGGAGAAUUGGGGAAAAUGUUUGAUAUUCCUGUUGAUGGCUCUAAAUCUAGGAAAUCUGGACCAAUAACAGGUGCUCCGUCACGGACAGGAUCUUUUGGAGGAGCUGGUUCACAUUCUGGACCUAUCCAGCCUAAUGCUGCUGCUCGAGCCGCCUAUACUACUUCAGGUCCAAUGACUUCUGGUGGCAUGGCUGGUUCAACUUCAAUGAAGAAAUCGAAUUCUGGGCCACUGAAUAAGCAUGGGGAACCUGUUAAAAAGUCGUCUGGUCCUCAGUCUGGUGGAGUUACACCAGUUGGGCGUCAAAAUUCCGGACCUCUUGCUCCCGUUCUACCUACAACUGGUCUCAUUACAUCUGGGCCCAUAUCAUCUGGCCCACUUAAUUCUUCAGGGGCUCCUCGGAAAGUGUCUGGACCUUUAGAAGCGACAGGUUCAAUGAAGCUUCAAGGUUCUGCUGCUGUUCACAAUCAAGCUGUGACUGUUCUUAGUCAAGGUGAUGAUUCCUUCAGAAGGAAUUUUCCGAAGGCGGUGUUAUGGUUAUUAAUUCUGCUUUUUGUGAUGGGUUUCAUUGCUGGUGGUUUUAUUCUUGGAGCAGUGCACAAUGCUAUUCUCCUUAUUGUAGUUGUGGUUCUUUUUGGCCUAGUUGCUGCAUCUUUCACUUGGAAUACUUAUUGGGGAAGAAGAUCUAUUAUGGGCUUCGUUGCUCAUUAUCCAGACUCUGAGCUUAGAACUGCAAAAAAUGGGCAAUUUGUGAAGGUCUCCGGGGUUGUUACCUGCGGUAAUGUGCCUCUUGAGUCAUCUUUCCAGAAAGUUCCCAGAUGUGUAUAUACGUCAACAAGUUUAUAUGAGUAUCGAGGAUGGAACUCAAAAGCUGCCAAUCCUACACACCGUCGGCUUACUUGGGGCCUUAGACUGCUGGAAAGACGCGUGGUUGACUUCUACAUCUCGGAUUUCCAGUCUGGUUUAAGGGCACUGGUUAAGACUGGGCAUGGAGCACGAGUGACCCCUUAUGUUGAUGACUCAGUCCUCAUCAAUGUAAAUCCAACCAAAGAAGAGCUUCCACCAGAGUUUCUCCGGUGGUUGGGAGAGAGAAAUCUUUCAAGUGAUGACCGCAUCAUGCGUCUGGAAGAAGGGUACAUCAAAGAAGGAAGCACAGUAAGUGUAAUGGGAAUUGUUCAGAGGAAUGAGAAUGUUCUUAUGAUUGUUCCUCCGCCAGAUCCAAUCACUACUGGUUGCCAAUGGACCAAAUGCAUUUUUCCAGCUAGUCUUGAGGGUAUAGUUUUAAGAUGUGAAGAUGCAUCCAAGAAUGAUGUGAUACCAGUUUAACAGUAUGUGCUAUGAGAAUGCUUGUAGCAUCUUCUAAUUGGUGUUCUUAGAUAGUAUUCUUUUCCCCUCCAUUAUUAGUGGUGGUGGAAUAUCAUAGUGACAAAUUAUCAUAGAUUAAGAUGGCAAAGUUGUGUGUGCGCGCGCCUUAUUUUUCUCCUUUAAAUUGUUGUAUAGUUCUGGUUGUUUUGAUGUUCUUCUAGGGUUUGUUAAUGUUUGGUGCAGUAAAAAUUCUUACUUGUACGAGCAUAUUGUGAUUAUGCUAACAUGCUAAAUAGAAUACAAUCUUUCUUGUGUUUGCAAAU